AAAUAAUGAUCAAUUCAAAGCUCAGAUUUCUUCUCUCGCUCAAGACAAUAAUGUUGCCAAAAUUGCUCUGACUGAUGGUAAAAAUCGACAACUUGAAUUGCAAAUAACGUUCCUUCAAGGCCGCAAACUGAGAUUGAAAGUUCUGGAGAAAAACAAUCCCCGAUAUGAACUUCAACACGUGCUUGAAAAAGAUCCUCAGAUAAUCAGCCACAACUCCCAAUCACAAUCUGACGAUGCUGUGACUCUUGUUGCGAGUAAUGGAGACAACUCCAAAGUUAUUAUACGUAAAGGACCCCCAAUGACUGUGGAGUUCUAUAACAAUGAUGUUCUUGAAGUGAUCUUCGAUGCAUCUCGCCUCGUUCUGGAUAACACCGAACAAAGUCAAGCACUUUCAUUUGACGUCUCAUUCCCUGGUGCAAAACAACUAUUUGGGCUUCACCACCACGCCACUAAAAUAGCGCUACCCAAUACAGCUGAUGGCUCCAUGGAUCCAUUCAAACUUAAGAAUUCGGAUACUGCUGGUUAUGAAGUAGGCUCACCAAUGGCACUCUAUGGAUCCAAACCAAUUUUGUGCGGACAAUCUACAACAAAAACAGCUUGUGCUUUCAUACACAACGCAGCUCAGGCUUGGGUCGAUAUUGACUAUUCCACUCAAGAUAAGCCAUCAGGACACUUCAUGUUGGAAGGUGGAUCACUCGACAUAUUCGUACUUCUUGGACCAACUACUAAAGAAGUUGUUAGACAAAUCACUGACCUAACUGGAAAGGCUCAUUUGCCACAGCUUUGGGCCCUUGGAUACCACCAGUCCAGAUAUUCGUACGCAACACAAAGCGAGGUACUAGAAGUAAUAUCAAGAAUGGACCAAGAAGACUUCCCAAUGGAUGCUAUUUGGCUGGAUAUCGACUACACAGAUGGCAAAAGGUAUUUCACCUGGAACCGCAACAAUUUCCCAGAUCCCGUACAGAUGCAAAAAACAAUCGCAUCAACUAACAGAAAACUGGUAUCAAUUCAAGAUCCUCACAUAAAAGUUGACGACAAUUAUGCAGUAUAUACUGGAGCGAAAGAUAGAUACUUUAUCAAGAAUCCAAAUGGCACCGAUUUUCAAGGUGAUUGCUGGCCGGGCAGAUCGAGCUAUAUCGAUUUUUUGAGUGAUGCUGGUAGAGAUUACUGGGCUAGUUGGUACGCGUAUGACAAGUUUGUUGGUAGCACAGAAACCUUAGCUGGUACUUGGAACGACAUGAACGAGCCUUCAGUAUUCAAUGCUUAUGAAGAUGAAAAUUCUCUUCCGCAUGAUGUUCUUGAAAAUGGAAACGUUAAACAUAGAGAUGUUAUGAACUUGUAUGGAUUUUUGCAGAGCAAAGCGUCCCACCAAGGUCUCAUGCAAAGGGACGAAGGUAAGAAACGUCCUUUCGUACUGAGUCGUUCACACUUUGUUGGAUCGCAAAGGUACGCCGCCAUAUGGAGCGGUGAUAACAGAGCAGAAUGGCCGUAUCUUACAACAUCUUACUCCGAAUGCAUGCUGUCAAACCUCCUGGGACACGUUUUCUGCGGAGCGGACAUUGGAGGAUUCGACUGGAAUACACCAGAUAAUCUUAUGCUUAGGUGGUAUCAGGCUGCAGUUUGGUUACCAUUCUUCAGGAGUCAUUCCAAUAACAACGUUAACAGACGAGAACCGUACAUGUUCUAUGAUGAAAUGAAAGUGGUUGCCAGAAAAGCAAUGAAAACUCGCUAUAGAUACAUACCUGUAUUUUACACUCUCUUUUAUUUGCACACCAAGUACGGAGAUCCAGUGGUCAGACCACUGUUCUACGAUUAUCCUGAAAGAAUCGACGAUGACCAGUAUAUUUUAGUGGGAUCUGAUAUUCUGGCAACACCCGUAUUCCAAGUAGAUUUUUCAAGCGUAGAUGUUCAUUUUCCUGGUGAUAAUAAUGUUCGUUGGUAUAGAGCGGAUCAAGACUGGGCAGUGUAUUAUGGAGGUGACACUAGAGAAAUAUUCACCAUCGACCAAUUUUUUUUAAUAGGAACUGGUACAAGAUAUCUUAAUGAAGAGAGUUUUGGAUUCUUCAUACAUUGCAGCAUUCCGAAAACCGGUUUACUUAAUGGACACGCUGAAGGUUUAUUAUACGGGGACGAUUUCACGAGCUUUGAAUACUCCAACAACAACAAGUUUUAUCUUCUCAAGUUCACGUACAACGACAACAAUCUGAAGAUUGAGAAAAUUGACGGUGAUCUUGAUUACAAUGGUUCCUUCAAUAAUGUUGUAGUUCACAGGGCAUCAUUAUCUGAUCCAUCUGAAGUUGUAAGAACUGUUCAUAAUUCAACAAUCGAUGGUACACCUCUGAAGGAUCUCAAUUUUGGACUACUCUUCUCUAAUGCCACAAGUCUAACGCUAAACUUAUAA